AUGGUCUUCAUCGUCAAGAUACCCACCCGCCCGCGCGCAGGCCUCGCGCCCACCGACAGCGCAGACAUGACGCCCGAGCCGCCGGCGCUCGAGGACGAGGGCGCCGCGGCUGCGACUGCGCCAGGCAGCUCGACGUCGCCCGAGCCCGCCGCACGCGACAGCGAAGCACCGCCGGCCAAGCAGGAGUCGGAGGACACGACGGGCCUCUCGCUCCUCGCCUCGCUCGCGGCCAUGACGCUCAGCACGCCGCAGCCCGUCUCGCCGCCGCCAGAGCCCCGGCCGCCCUCGGCGCCCUCUACGCCGAAGCCUGCCGCGCCGGCCACGCAGUUCCCGCUGCCCUCCAUGCCGGCGCAAGCGUCGUCGUCGCGCGAGCUGCGGCCUGCGCUCGACAUCUACCUCGCGCCUGCCGUGCAGUCGCACCGCUUCGUGCGCUCGCGCGACGUCAGCCUCAUCGUCGAGCGGCCAGAGCGCAUCCGUGCGCUCUGCCUCGGCGUCGCGGGCGUGCUGGGCCGCAUCGAGGCUGCUUCACCAGGCGGAGAGGCGAAAGUCAAGGAGGAGGACGAGCUGAGUGCCGCGCUGCAGGGCCUCAGCGUCGAUGCAGCCAGAGCACCAAUCGCCGUGCAUCUCCACACGUCUGCCGCGCCCCUCUCGCCGCCGAGUCCAGCGCUCGUGGACAUUCACUCUGCGCCGCUGCCAGGCUCAGAGGAGCCGUACGUCGAGGUGCUCGCCCGUCUGUGCGCCGCAGCGCCAUCAUCGCCGCCUCCGCCAGCUGCGCACAAGCCUGUACAGCGCUCGCCCGCCCGGCGAGGCUCCGAGUCGUCAGACGAGGAGCCGCAGCACGUGUCCGAAGUGCCGGCGCCGCUGUCGCAAGGCGACCUCUACCUGUGCGGGCCGUCUGCGGACUCGGAUGAUCGAGGCACUGCCGGAGCCAUCGCCGCGUCAUUGGGCGCACUCGGUGCUGCCCUCACACGAAUGUACGCCACAGACGAGCAGCGACAGCCUGCACUGCUGCCGCAUGGCAACGCCGCUGCUGCGCGUCGCGCCUUUGUUCUCGCCCGACCGCCGGGCCACCACUGCGGGCCAGCGAGCCCGAGCGGCUUCUGCUGGGUCAACAAUGUGGCCGUCGCGGCGGCCAUGGCAUACAGGGAGCAGAUGGUAGACCGCGUGAUCAUUCUGGACGUCGACUUGCACCACGGCAACGGCACGCAGCAGAUCGCCUGGCGGAUAAACGCCGACACGCAGCGGACCGACCUGGAGCGAGCCGCGAAGCUCACUGCGCUUCGCAGCGCGCGGCGGACUGCCACUCGCGGCGGCCGGAAGAGCGGCGGCGGCGGUCACUCGCAAGCUGCCUCAUCAGCAGAGCCAGCAACAGCCGAGGAGGAAGAGCAGGUCGGGCGGCGCGGCCUGCAGAUCUUCUACGGCAGCCUGCACGACAUUGAGAGCUACCCGUGCGAAGACGGCGAGGAGACGCUGGUGCGCGAUGCAAGCACCUGCGUCGAGGGCGCGCACGGUCAGUGGAUCUGGAACGUCCACCUCGAUGCAUAUACCUCAGACGAGCACUUUGACUCCCUCUAUACCAGCAAGUAUACCCAGCUCCUCAGCAAGGCGCGCAGCUUUGCCCAGCGCACCGGCGCCGUGCCCGAGCGCACCCUCGUCAUCAUCUCCUGCGGCAUGGACGCGUGCGAGCACGAGCAUCCGGGCAUGCAGCGGCACGGCAAGUCCGUGCCGGUCGCCUUCUACUCGCGCUUCGCCCGCGACGCGGCGGCGCUUGCCGAGGAGGUAGCCGACGGGCGCAUCCUCUCCGUCCUCGAGGGCGGCUACUCGGACCGAGCGCUGACAAGCGCCUGCGUGGCGCACGUCGCGGGCCUCAGCGGCAUUGCCUCGCCCGAGUCGUGGUGGGACGCCGACUCUCUCUCGGCUCUCGAGCAGCUGGCGAAGCGCGCUGCAGCGCCGCCUCCAGCAACCACGCCCGCCAGCAUCGCGCGCCGCCGUGCCGACCCGGCAUGGAUCUCCGCCGCCGCCUCGCACUUCCAGGCGCUUGAGCGCGCCUGUGGGCGCGAGCAGCCCGCUGCGCGAUCACGGGCGGCCCCUAACACGCCGGGUGCAAAUAUCAACAGCCCGCGCGAGACACGCUCGAGCGCACGGCAGGCCGUCAGCAGCCCAACGCCUGCCGGAGCGUCGCAAUGA